AUGGAGGAAUGGACAGAAGAUUAGAUUUACAAAAUAAUACUAAAAAUUAGCGAGGAGCAGUCUGAUAGUUUCUUAAAUACUAUGGAAUAUCACUAAAAAUUUGACGGAAAUAACCGUAUAUCAUAUAACUAAAGUAGAUAAUUAAAUCUUGAUGAUUGGAAUUUAAGAAAAGGAAGAUGUAAUAAAAGAAAUUUUACAUUUGAUCAGUAUAUAUUGAAUUAAACUAGAUAUUCUAUUCUCUAGAUUAAAUUCGAUGAAAGUUGAGAAUGAAGAUCAAAUCUCCUAAUAUGAACAUAAAAUUAUGGUAAUGAAUUAAGAGUAUGAAUAAUGUUUGUCACAUAUUAAAGAAUUAGAAGUUAUAAUUUAUUUAUCUCUAGAAUGUAAAUGAAAACUAAAAUGAUCAAAACGAAAAGCUUUUUGAUUAAAUUUAACGUAUCGAAGAUGAGUUAUCUAAAGGAAGAUUAAAAUACACUCAAAUAGUAAAUGAACUUGAAAAAAAGGAUACAUAAUUAAAAGUAAUGAUUUAACAACCUUUAGGAAUAAAUUACAUCAAUCUAAAAUAAUGAGUAGAUUAAUCAAUAGAUUAGAAAAAAAAAUUAAGAUUUAGAGGAAUUAAUUAAUCGAUUAAAAAAUGAAAUUCAUUAGAAAGAUACACAAAUAGGAAAAUUAAUCUCAAAAAUAAAGGAUUAAGAUGAUAAACUAUAAUUGAAAGAUUUGGAAAUUAAAAGUAAUUUUUAUCAUAUAAAUAGAUUAUAUGAAAGAAAGUGAAAAGCAGCAAUAUGCAUCAAUAGAAUAGUAACAAACUUAACACGAUUCUAUAAAAAAGGAAAAGAAAAGAACAAUUAAUUAUAUGACUAGAAAUAAGAGCAACACAGUUCUUUUAAAAUCAGAAACUUUACAUUCAAGAAGUUAAAGUCAUUAUAUUGGUUAAUUUGAUCUUGAAUAAUUUAAAGAAUAGUGCGCAGCAUCAGUAAAAUCUUAAAAUUCAGAAAGCGAAGAUGAUUAAACAGAUAAAAAAACAUUAAAAUAGGAAAAUGAUGAAUAAUAAGAGCUAGAAAAGUUGAUUGUUGAAUUAAAGAGUAAUCUUGAAGCAAAAACUAAUUAAUUGCAGAUUGUUGAGAAUGAAAAGAAAUAGUGUGAGGCUUAAAUAAUUACAUUAAUGUCAGAGAUUAGUGUUUUUAAGAUAAAAGAGAAAAAAAUGACUUUAUAGUAAAAGUAAUAGGAAAAAAGAUUGACAGAAUUGUAAUCUGGUAAAACCUAGAUCUAUUAUAGAAAAAAAUAAAUUUUAACUUGAAUAGGAGUAAUUAGAAUAGAGAAUGAAUGAAAUAUAAGGUUAACACCAAUAAAAAAUGAAAUUAAUGUCUUCUGUGAUUAAUGAAAAUGAUUAACUAGUAAGUUGUAAUUUUAAUUAGAAAAAACGAUUGUCUCUUAAUUUAGGAAGAGUAGAAACUUAGCAAUAAACAGACAAAGACAUUAUUAAGAUAAAAUAGGAAUACGAUGAUAUGAUUAUGGAGAUGUAAAAAUAAAAUAUGGAUUUGCAGUAAUAACAAAUAUUUAUUUAGCUUUGUGAACGAAGAACUUAUUGAAGAAAAUAAUAAAAUUAAUGAGUAAAUAAAAUAAAUUAGUGAAUAAAAAUUAAGUAAAAAUAAAAAAUUAAUUAGUAUAAAAGAUGAUAUUGUAAAGAUUUAAUAAUUAGAAAAAUAACUUGAAUAAAUGGAAGUUGAAUUAAUUACUUAAAAAUAAAGUAUACUUUUAAAAAUAAACAUAGUUAAUUUAAAGGAUGAUAAAAAUAUUUUUGAAGAUAAAAUUAGAAUAAUAAAAUAGGAACUUUUAAUAGAUUAUGAUAUAAUAGAUCAAUUGGAAAAAAAUAAAUAAAAAUAGAGUUAAAAUGAUAGAAUUAUGGAAAACUAGUAAAAUUAUUUAAAAAUGGAAUUAUAAGAAUAAAUAAAAUAGCUUGAAUUAGCAAACAAUUAGUUAAAAUAAUAGAUAUAAUAAUAUUAGAUAUUAAAAUAAGAAGAGGAGAUAAUAAUAUAAAAUUAAGUGGAGAUAUAGAGUAAUGAUAAUUAUUUGAAAGUAUAAUAAAUAGAAACAUAACAAAGCUAUUAUUUAAGAGUUAGAAUAAAAAAAUCAUGGACUUCAAGAAGAGUUGAAAGAAAAAGAAGCUUUAAAGUUAAAAGAAAUAGAAAUAAUUAAUUUAGAAAUUGAAAAAGGAGUUCAUCAUUUAUUAGAGAAAAAUCAAUAAAUAGAAUCAUAGCAAGCUAUGAUUAAAGAGUUACAAUUAAAAACUAUUUAAAUUUAAUAAGAGUUUGAAUAAGUUAAUUUUUAGAGUUUAAAUCAAAUUGAAUAGCUAUAAAUAGAUGUAUACUAAAAAGAAAACGUAUUAUAAUAAUAACAUUAAUCUAUUUCAUCUUUUGAAUAACUUAUAUUAUAGCAGAACACUUAAUUAGAAUAAUUAAAAAAUAAUACUUUUAUUUAAAAUCAGGAAUAGUAAAUCUAAUAAUUAUAUACAGAAAUUCAUGCUUUAAAAUUACAAAUUGAAUAAUAAGAUGAUCAUCAGAAAGUUUACGAAUCAAUUUUGAAUAAAUAAAUAGAAAAACUUAAAUAAAUUAAUCUUAGUCAAUAAACUUAGAUACUUUCUUUAACUUAAGAUAAAGAAAAAUUACAGUAAAAUAUAUAUAUAAAAUAGAUCAAUAUGUUCUUAAUUAAAAUAAAUCGAAAAUAUACUAUAAGAUGAAUUACAUAAAAUGUAAGAUAAAAUAGAUGAGUUAUGCAUUGAACUUGACAAAGUUUAAUAACCAUCUACUCGUUCAUCUUCAAUUUCAUCUUAAAAUAAAACUUUGAUUUAUGAGUAGUUCUUUCAUUUAGUAUAUCUAUUUGUUAAAUUAGACUUCUCAAUCAGUUCAGAUGAAUUCAAAUCAUUAAAAUGCAUUUGAUGUUAAACUAAAAUCUUAUUACUCUGAAGUUGUAAAUUAAGGUGUGCCUUUUCAUAAAGUAAUAUUUAAUAUAUAAUUAGUGGUCAAAAUGGCUAGAAGAUAAAUUAAAAGAGGAGUUGAAUAAAUUUUAAAGAUGA